GGCCCCGCCCCCCCCCGCUCCCCACCACCUUUUGUGGGGGGGGGCACCUCUCGUCCACUUCCCUCGAGAACUGGACCGGAAGGGGGCUCAUCUUGCCCUGCAGUCAGGACGCCGGCAUAAAGGGCCCCUUUUAGGGGCGCAGGAGGAUGCCCGUCGCUGCAAGUGGGCCUCUUCGUGGAUUCCCAGGAGGCGUGCUGUGGCCAGGGGGGGCCCCUGCGCCCCUGCACGAUGGCUGCGCCUCCCCCUUCAGGGGCACCUCCUCGGCUGCGCAGCCUCCUGCCUCGAUGCCCGCCAUGGCCCGCGGUCGCGCAGGCGAUCCUGGAGUCGGCCCCCAAUGCCCUCGUGCAGCUGUACGCGCUCAUCGUGUGGGCGCACCCUUUGCGCGGCCCAGGGCGCUCUGAACUGGCUGCUCUGCUCCGUGUGCGCCGCGGUGGUGUCCGUGGGCCUGGGGCUGGCCAUGUGGGAGCAGAAGGUGCAGUUCCGGGCCUCCGCCGCCUACAUCUUCGGUGUGGCUCUGAUGCGCAGCCUGGAGAUCGCCUCGCGUACGCUGACGUUGGCCAUCUUCGCCAGCCUGACGCAUCCGUACGGCCUGUGGUGGAUGUUGCUGGUCGACUAUGGCGUCAUGGUGGGCCUCAUAGUCGGGCACCAGUCCGUGCAGUUCACGUACGGCCUGUUCGUGGCCCUGCCGCUGGUGCUGGUGAGCCUCGAGCCGCUGGUGUGGCGCUGGGAGGACCCGACCACGCGGUGCCGAAGGACUCGUACUACCUGGUGCGCAUCCUGGAGUUCGUGCUGAUGUGGGUGCUGAUCGUCUACAACCAGGACCGACAUCUCCCAGGCGCAGGAGGCCAGGCAGGAGAGGGUGCCCAUCGGCUGCAAGGGUGUCGCUCGUCAGCACGCUGGGGCUGUACCUGGCUUGCGCAGCACGAGCAUCCCCGGGGGCAAGCGCAUGGCUGGGUCCUGCCCUUCGUCUGGCGCAUCGCCCGCCGCCACGAGCUCUCGCGGGACGUUGUCGAUUGGGGCGACGACGAGGCGAAGGGCGACUCCGAUUUCGGGGACGCCGACACCGAGACCGAUGAAGAGGGGGGCAUGUUGGAUCGGGUGGACGACGAGGACCUCCCGCCGGAGUGAAGGGUUUCCAGGUCGACCGGCGCCGCGGCUUUCCAACGCCUCGUUUCAUGAUUUUGGUCAUCCUGAUCCUCGUCGUCCGCCUAUUCACGCCCGUGCAGCUUCGAUAUCGCAUGCGUGAUGGCGCUCGUGCGCCUUAGGGAAUCAGCUUACACUGUGUGUUCAGCUGCCUGCUGAGUUGACUAGGCAGUUGAACUAGGUCACCCUAGCUGCCUACGCUUGCGAGUUCGAGUGCAGUGUUCCUGGAGUGUGCACGACUCGUGUCUUCGAGAGAGAGAGAUAGAGAGAG